CUGCCUGACCUGAGCCACCCUCCCGCUCUUACUAUGGCCAAGGGCUUCUACAUUUCCAAGUCCCUGGGGAUCCUGGGCAUCCUCCUGGGUGUGGCGGCUCUGUGCACCAUCAUUGCCCUGUCCGUGGUGUAUGCCCAGGAGAAGAACAGGAACAUUGAGAGCGCUACCGUGAGCCCCACCCCCACCCCCACCUUGGCCACCACCUUGGACCAGAGCAAGCCAUGGAACCGGUAUCGCCUGCCCAAGACGCUGGUCCCCGACUCCUACAGUGUGACGCUGAGGCCCUACCUCACCCCCAAUGCCGAGGGCCUGUACAUCUUCCAGGGCUCCAGCACCGUCCGCUUCACCUGCACGGAGGCCACCAAUGUCAUCAUCAUCCACAGCAAAAAGCUCAACUACACCCUUAAUCAGGGUCACCGGGUAGUCCUACGUGGUGUGGGGGGCUCCCAGCCCCCCGCCAUUGACAGGACUGAGCUGGUGGAGCCCACCGAGUACCUGGUGGUGCAUCUCCAGGGCUCGCUGGUGGAGAACAGCCAGUAUGAGAUGGAUAGCGAGUUCCAGGGGGAGCUGGCGGAUGAUCUGGCCGGCUUCUACCGCAGCGAGUACAUGGACGGCAAUGACAAGAAGGUGGUGGCCACAACACAGAUGCAGGCUGCAGAUGCCCGGAAAUCCUUCCCCUGCUUUGAUGAGCCAGCCAUGAAGGCCGAGUUUAACAUCACGCUCAUCUACCCCUCAAACCUCAAUGCUUUGUCCAACAUGCUUCCCAAAGGUCCUCCUGUUCCACUGACGGACGACCCCAGCUGGAGUGUCGUGGAGUUCCAUACCACGCCCAGGAUGUCUACGUACCUUCUGGCCUUCAUCGUCAGCGAGUUUAAGCAUGUGGAGCAGCAUGCAUCCAAUGGAGUCCUGAUCCGCAUCUGGGCCCGGCCCAGUGCCAUUGACCAGGGCCAUGGCAGCUAUGCCCUGAACAAGACAGGCCCCAUCCUAAACUUCUUUGCUAGACAUUAUGACACGCCAUACCCACUUAGCAAAUCUGACCAGAUUGGCCUGCCUGACUUCAAUGCUGGUGCCAUGGAGAACUGGGGGCUGGUGACCUACCGGGAGAAUUCCCUGCUGUUUGACCCCACAUCUUCCUCCAUUGGGAACAAGGAGCGGGUGGUCACUGUGAUUGCUCACGAGCUGGCCCAUCAGUGGUUCGGGAACCUGGUGACAGUGGAGUGGUGGAAUGACCUAUGGCUGAACGAGGGCUUCGCCUCCUAUGUGGAGUAUCUGGGUGCUGACUAUGCCGAGCCCACCUGGAAUGUGAAAGACCUCAUAGUGCUGAACGAUGUAUACCGUGUGAUGGCCGUGGAUGCUCUGGCCUCCUCACACCCACUGUCCACUCCUGCUGAAGAGAUCAACACACCAGCUCAGAUCAGUGAGCUGUUCGAUUCCAUCUCCUACAGCAAGGGUGCCUCAGUGCUCAGGAUGCUCUCCACCUUCCUGACUGAGGACCUGUUCAAGAAAGGCUUGGCAUCCUACCUCCACACCUUCGCCUACAAUAACACCAUCUACCUGGACUUGUGGGAGCACCUGCAGGAGGCUGUGGACAGCCAAUCGGCCAUCGAGCUCCCCACCACUGUGCGUGCCAUCAUGGACCGUUGGAUCCUGCAGAUGGGCUUCCCAGUCAUCACCGUGGACACCAAGACAGGGGACAUCUCCCAGGAGCACUUCCUCCUUGACCCCGAGGCCAAUGUUACCCGCCCCUCAGAGUUCAACUACCUAUGGAUUGUGCCCAUCUCGUCCCUGAGGAAUGGCAGAGAGCAGGAGGGCUACUGGCUGGAGGGCAUACAGAAAACCCAGAAUCCUCUGUUCAAAACGACUGCCAAUGAGUGGGUACUGCUGAACCUCAACGUGACAGGCUAUUUCCAGGUGAACUAUGACGAUGACAAUUGGAAGAAGAUUCAGGCUCAGCUGCAGGCAGACCCAGCGGUCAUCCCUGUUAUCAAUCGGGCGCAGGUAAUCAACGACGCCUUCAACCUGGCCAGUGCCCAAAAGGUCUCUAUCACUUUGGCACUGGACAAUACCCUCUUCUUGAUCCAAGAGAGAGAGUACAUGCCCUGGGAGGCCGCACUGAGCAGCCUGAACUACUUCAAGCUCAUGUUCGACCGCUCGGAAGUCUAUGGCCCCAUGAAGAACUACCUGAAAAAGCAGGUCACACCCCUCUUCCUUCACUUCAGAAAUAUCACUGAUAACUGGAAGGAGAUCCCAGAGAACUUGAUGGACCAGUAUUGCGAGGUUAACGCCAUCAGCACUGCCUGCUCCAGUGGGCUUCCUGAGUGCCAGCAGCUGGUCUCCAGCCUUUUCAAGCAAUGGAUGGAGGACCCCGGAAACAACCCGAUCCACCCCAACCUGCGGUCCACUGUCUAUUGCAACGCCAUCUCCCAGGGUGGCGAGGCAGAGUGGGACUUUGCCUGGGAGCAGUUCCGAAAUGCCACGCUGGUAAAUGAGGCUGACAAGCUCCGGGCAGCCCUAGCCUGCAGCAGCGAGGUGUGGAUUCUGAACAGGUACCUGAGUUACACCUUGAAUCCCGACUUGAUCCGUAAGCAGGAUGCCACCUCUACCAUCUCCAGCAUUGCCAGCAAUGUCGUCGGGCAAACCCUGGUCUGGGACUUUGUCCAGAGCAACUGGAAGAAGCUCUUUGAGGAUUACGGUGGUGGCUCGUUCUCCUUCUCCAACCUCAUCCAGGCAGUGACACGACGGUUCUCUACAGAAUACGAGCUGCAGCAGCUGGAACAGUUCAAGAGGGACAACCAGGAAACUGGCUUUGGCUCAGGCACCCGGGCUUUGGAGCAAGCUCUGGAGAAGACAAAGGCCAACAUCAAGUGGGUGAAGGAGAACAAGGAGGCGGUGCUCAAGUGGUUCACUGAGAAUAGCAAAUAGUCCCUGGGCCUUCCAGUUGCUGGGCCCCCAGGCCAGAUGCCCACAUGCAUCUGUCCCAGCGGCCUGGGCCAGGACCCCAUUCCUUAGCCUGAGACACUACUGUGGUCCCCUCUGCUCCACCCUUGGGACCAGUCUAGUUCUGAUGGCCAGGCUGUCCUAGCAGGUCCCAGCCCCACCCUUCGUGCCAGCCCUGCCCCAGGCCUGUUACGGUGUUUGUCACCCAGAGCCCUGGGGCUGAUCUCAGGGAAGCCCAGUUCCAGGGCCAGAUGAGCAGAAGCCCCCAAUGGACAAUGGACGGCCUCGGGGGCCACCCUGCACCCUCUCUCACCUUCCUGUAAAGACCCCAACCCUGAGAAAUCAGUGGGGCAGCAGAUCUGCAUAUUUUUUUAAGAGAAAAUGUAAAUAAAGGAUUUCUAGAUGAA